GGGAGUGCCCGCUGCCUCCUCCUCGUCCUUUCCCUUGGUGUCUUCAUUCCUGAGGGGAGUGGGAACAGGGGACGUGGCAAAUGCUGUCCUUCGGGCUCCGGCAGGGCUGGGGCUGCACAGCGUGAGACUGUGUCUCUGCACGCCAUCAUCGCCUGGCGGGUCCUCAGAGCUCUUGGCUGCAGUUCUGUGGUUUUCCCGCAGUGAGUCGAAGGGGUAGUGAAGAACAGGUGACUUGGAUUUGGAGGCCGUGUGCUAGGGAUCAGCUUUUCCUGUCAGUUAUGCAAGCAGAAUUAUGCAAAAGCAGUAUUUUCCUCCGAGCUCCACCUUGAUGGGAGCACGGCUGGCUGGAUCCCAUGUUGAGACACAGGAGCCCAAGACUAAUCCUUUGGUGUCUGUUUCAGAUGAGCCAGAAACGCUGUACAAGAGAUUGUCCAUUUUAGUUAAAGGCCACGAUAAAGCUGUGUUGGACAGCUAUGAAUAUUUUGCAGUGCUUGCAGCUAAAGAACUUGGCAUCUCUGUUGAAAAAGUAGAUAAACCCCCGAAGACGAUAGAGCGAUUUACACUUCUCAAAUCCGUACACAUUUACAAGAAGCACAGAGUUCAGUAUGAAAUGAGAACACAUUACAUGUGUUUAGAGUUAAAAUACCUAACAAGCAGUACUGCUGCAGUUUACUUGGAGUACGUGCAACGAAACUUACCUGAAGGGGUUGCCAUGGAAGUGAAAAAGACUAAGAUAGAGAAAAUACCAGAGCACAUUCAGAAACCUGUUUGGGAUACACUACCUCAAGUAGAAGAAACUGAAGUAAAGUCAUGAACACACCAGGUACUUCAUUAGUACUGAAAUUCGUUGCUCCUAUCAACCUCAUUUACUGAGACAGUCCAUUGUUAAAUAAAGUUUCUCUUAUAAAGAAAUUGUAUAAACUCUUGUUUCAUCAAGUUAUUUUUCCUCAUAACUCCAGUACAUGUAGACUGAACUGCUAUAAAGAGAAGAAAUUUUACUGUGUUCUGUGAUCAGUGACUGUGGUAAUCUGUAAAAAGUUUGUAGAAAGCUAAAGUUUAUUUUUACUUAUAUAUGUAAAAGUAUGUGUAUAUAUACAUAAAUAUAAAUUCACCAUCUCCUUUUGAUACUGGAUGGCUUCUGAAUGCCGAAAUUCUUCCAAAUCCACUUCAUGUUUGUGUCAUGUUUAAUAUUAAGGAUGCCAGACUGUCAUCAAUUUAUCAAUUUUGGAUAAACUACUUUGUUGGAUAAACUAUUUCCCAUCUUCUUUUCCCUUACUUAUACCACAUUUCUCCAUUUUUGCUUCCUGCCACAUUUCUUAGCGAGUGCCAACAGCACCACUCCCACCACUGCUUUAGGUUUCCUCUCAAGUAACCUUCCUUCCUACUGACCAACUCCUCUGAUUUUUCAGUCAGAACAUUUGUAGUUGCAAUAAAUACUCCAUGCUUCAUACGAUUUACAGACAUCAGAGUUUGAGCCUGCUCUGUUGUGUUCCUAGGAGUCAGACAUCCAAAGUUUAAAUGAUCUUUGUCUGAAGUGCCCAGUUUUGCAUCCAUAUAGCAAAAUUAUCAGGAUCAGCAAUUUCAUUGCCUUAUACAAAGGCAAUGUAUGCCACGUGGGAUGUUCCUUGCAUCACAGCAGAGCUGUGUGCUUCACCUUGCUAGAAUUCCAGUUUGAAUAUGAAAGGAGUGAUGUACAGAGAGGGAAGGCAUGACCUCCUUUCUUACCUUUCUCUUUGCUGCAAGCCAGUGUUGUGCCUUACACAUCUUUCUUUUCAUUAUAUUCACAGAAGUGCAUACAAUAUUAAUAAAUAAACAUUCAACUUUAUAAGCUA